AUAGUGUACAGUGUCACUGCGAGAGUUUGACAUUUAUUGUCGGAUACAUCCUCCGCUGCUAACUCGCCCCGAUUCGUUCGUCGUCGAUGAUCGUGUGCAACGAAAAGAAAGACGUUUUUCCACCGCUCGAAUCCACUUUGUUUUCACGCACAAUUGACAGCAUGCGUUUGAGUGAUGGUGGAUAGCAUUUCUCUGACAAACAUGUCUCAGUGAAACGACGUUUGCUCGGGAGACCACGUGACCAGUGUUGGAAGGUUAUGUGAACAGCAUUUUUCAGAAAUCGCGACACUCUGAUCUCUCGAACAUCGAUACUCACACAUUAUGUGUUAAUCGACGUAUGACAUCGACAUUUCGAAUUAGUGAGCAAUCGCUAUUAUAAAUAACGGUUAAUUCGUUCUUGCCUUUUAUUGAAAUUAUAUUAACGAACUGAAUGAGAUUACAUUAGUUUGUGAUACGGUGUAUGUGUUGAAAAUUUCAUGCUUAAUAUGCAUGACACGGUGAAACGGACCAGCUCGAUACUCAAGGUCGUCGAUUUGAAUUCGACGAAUUUGCGAUCGUCCUUCGACGCGUAAUUUUCUUCUGUUUACGCGUUACGUUAAUACUUUCGUUCCUUUGAAAGUGUCCAACUUGACUUAAUUCUCGCUCUUCGGUGAGAAAGCGCUUGUGAUGUGCUGGUGUUUGUGUCGCGUCGAUUAAGAGCUUAGACGGUGUACGCCGAAUGUCAAGACGAUAAUUGGUGCUGUCUUGAGGUCGAGUGACUCGUGUCAUCAUGUUGACGAUUGUUUUGCUGCUUCUUUUGGGUCAACCGGUUAUACCGGCGGACUACUUGGUGUGCGUUGUUCUGUGAAUGAACUCCGGUUCAAUCUUGCGACUCAGAAGGGUGCUACAGAAUUCCCGAGGAAGAGAAGAGGGACGACGCGACGAUUUGACGGGUGCAGAAAAGUAAAAGAAAAGAAAAGAAAACGAAUGGAGAAAAUAUUAACCCGGCCAAGACGAAAGUCAGUGUCUUCUUGGCUGAUUUGACAUUUCCGUGUGCGCGCGCGCGUGUGUGCCUGCGAGGUCCGUGUUUUCAUCGCUUCAAAACGGAAGCUCGGAAGAAGAGAAAUGGGAAUAUUGGGAAAAUUGCUUUCGUCGGUGUCCCUGGUGUCCAUCUGGUGUCUGCUGAUCGUCGAACCAGGCAAGGUUCAGAGGGAACAGGAUCAUCUGGCCUUGUUAUUAGGCACCCUGAAGACCUAUCAGCGCGCAGCUUGUGACGAGGAGUCGAUGACACUGAAGUGUCCACUAGGUACCACCAUCUCUGUCGUUCUAGCUCAAUAUGGUAGAGCAGGGGCAAAUGGAACCGAUAGGUGUAGCUCCUCUGAUCCAUCCAUGUACAUUGGGGACAGACAAACGAAUCAGACUUGUAUCUGGCCGCAGUCGCUGCAGUACUCACUGUUGCAGACGGUCGUGGAUGUUUGUCACAAGAAGAGGCAAUGCAAGUUCAACACCAGUCCGAGAACUUUUCAGGGUGAUCCGUGUCCUGGAUUGCCCAAAUACAUCGAAGUCGCCUACCAAUGCCGUCCUUACGAGUUCAGAAGUAAAGUUGCCUGCGAGAAUGACGUCAUCAAUCUUGUCUGCCACCCUGGACAAAGGGUUGCCAUUUUCAGCGCAUCGUUCGGCAGAACGGAGUACGAAUCUCUUCAGUGUCCUCAGCCCCACGACGUGAAAGAAGAAACUUGUAUGGCAUCGUACGCGACGGAAACCGUGAUGAAUUUGUGCCAUGGGAAACGUCGCUGCUCGGUGGUGGCAAACAGUUCGACGUUUGGUGAGCCUUGCAGUCCGGAAAGCAGAACGUAUUUGAAAGUUGUCUACACGUGUGUACCACGAGCUGUGUUAAAAGAACAAUACCAAGGCGACGUGGAAAUGGACGAGGUGGAUUUGAUGCAUCAAUUUGAGGAGGGAUUCGACAGGGCGGACUUCAGGGCUGAGUUCAGUCCUAGCCCGAAUCUCGAAGGGCCGCAAUCUCAACCGAGGGACAACGUCUCCCGGAAUUUCCCUACGGUCAGCUCAUCCCCGCCGCGAGCUAGAACUAACAACGACGUGGACACACGAACGAACAAGUUUAAGUCAGUCGGUAUAGGAGCGAAAGACUCGCCCCUAACACCUACGGUUAUACAAGGGAUGAUUAUGUUCGACAACAAUGUGGCUGAUGUUACUACCAGCAGUACGAUGUCACCGAUUAAUUGCACCACGGUAGUCUACGCCUUUCCGGAAGAGGAUCGUGUCGUUGUCGGAUAUAUCAAUGAAUGGAUCAAUGCCUAUUCGUUUAUAUCGAAAAAUCAAGAAAAGUUCUACCUGUACAUCAUAGUGUCGGUCACAGCCGGUAUUUUAAUUUUCCUGGGCUUGGUAAUUGGACGACUUCUUGUCAGUCGUCACCGUGCAAAAAGAGAUGCGAAAUUCCAUGCAAAUAACGAAGCGCUUCCAAAUGGAUUCACCGAUGACAUUUCGGAGAUCGACGCGGAUAUUGAUCUUACCACGCCGGUGCCAGUCCCAAUGCAAGACACAAGGAUUCCAGAGACUCAGCUAGCCGAGAGGCUCCACGGCGAUCGUUACUACGCGGAAACCAGGAUACCAAUGUCGCCCACCACGAUGCACUCAGCGCCAGGACACUACCCUGGCAACACAGGUGUCAGGGUGGAUCUAGGUAACCACAUGGUGGGCACAGAUAGCCUCCAUACGAUUCUACGUCCAGAAAAUCCACGGAGUAUGAGCACGAAAAGCUAUUACUACGGCUGACAGGAGGAAGGGGGUGUCCCGCGCGAGGGACGGCCCCCGUCCUUGAGCCCGGUACCAGAAGUGAGCACGCGGAAGUACUGCUUUUAAUCGAGAGACCGAUUUUCUAUGGAACGGCGAACGAAGCCGCUGUAAAAAGCAGGCGUUCCAUACUAACGAACGCUAACUUGUCGUUGAUUGGAAUCAUUGUUUCUUCGAGCAAAAAUCAAGGAGGCCUUCGUCUUGGUACCGGAAACGAGCACGUGGUGGUGACCCUUUUUUCGUAUAUAUCAUCAUUUCUUUUUUCUCCAAUAUGGAACUUUCAAAAGAAACCGGAAAAUUUGAUGAAAAAUUUGAUUUCCAUAAGAGAGAAAUCAGAAGAGAAUAGAAUCGUACCAUAAUUUCCUUGAAGAUUAUUUCAAUUGUUGUUUUCAAGGAAUAUUCAUGGUUCGUACGCUUUUAACACCGGAAUUGACGGUAUUUGAUCCGUGUAGAUCAACCUCGUGAAACAGAUGGAAAUUUAGUUGGAUGCUGAGCGUUGGGAGUGAACAAACUUGUUACCUUUCGCCGUGGAAUCGUUCUACGCGUGCCGCUGCCCGACAUCGGAAUCGAACGAGAGCUCGGCCAAUGAGGUGGGAGCGUUGUAAAUACGACGUCAGUGUACUGAGAAUUUCACCUAUUUCUAUGGAAAUUCUAAUGAGAAGCUCUGUUAGAAAUAAAAAUUCAUUUUGAGUGAAGAUUCCUUCAGACACCGAUCGAGGACAGGGAUAUUAAAAAAAGAAAACCCUUAUUGUUUGUUGAAGAUGAUGUUAUUGAAAAUAAUACUGUUUUUGAUAAGAAACUGCGAUUAUAAAAGGCUGGAUUAUCGAUUAGGAAGUAUAAGUAAAUACGUUGAAUGUAAAUGACGGAAGUAGAACGUUUUUACGCGGGCAGCAUCCGUUUUUGCGAUCGAUACCGAAAGUAAACAUCUGCAAUGUCGUCGUGUAAGAUGAUUAUGAUUGUAAGUAGAUUUUAAUAUCUGAAUUGGGUAAAAAGAAUUGUGAGAAGUGGGGGAAAAGGAAGAAAGUAACAAUCGAUACUGGAAAAAGAUUUAUUCUGGUCUAUAGUUUAGGACUCAACCCAGACAGCACAGAGACGCUUUAUCGAUGUUUUAAAGAAAUCUAAUAAUGUCAUUUUCAAAUAUCUCAAAGAUAUCUUUCAACGCCUUAAUGAAGAGAUUAUCAUCUUACACCAAACUUUUCAAGAUACUGACAUAUUUACUUAUUUUAUCUUACUGAGAAGAAUAAUUAUAUUAAUAACAUUUAUAUUACAAUAAUAGUUAUUUGUAAGACAUCUUUAAGUCAAACUUAUAAAAUGUUCAGAUUAAAUCACAAGACAUAAAAUGAACGUAGAAUCAAUGUCUUUGAAAACUUCGUGUGCUGUGUGGGAAUAAUUAUUUAAUUUGCGAUUGAAUUCUGAUAUGUUUCUGUUUUCUACAUGAGAAAGCUCAAUAAUGAAAGACAAAAUAAAUUUAUAUAAAUUGCAAUUAUAAUUUAACGGGAUAAGGAACUUUUGAUCAUUUCUUCUAUUUUUAAAGUCAAUAAUUAGAAUUCUAUAUCAUACAAAUUUUCUGCGUGAAUUAUUUUCAUUAGUAGAUCAAGAUUGAAAUAUUUUAGUAAGAAUUUCAUGAAAAUGAAAAAGAAGUAUCACUGCCUAUUGAACAGUAAUAACAAUAAUAAUAAAUCUGCAAAAAAGGCGGAUCAAUAUCCUAUGUGUACGUACAAUAAUUUGUCAAUCAAGAAUCAAGUUUUUCUAACGAAAAUCACGCACACACUUCUUUAAAAGAAAAAACAAUACAUAUCUCUGUGUACAGCAAUAAACAACCGCAACUUUUUCCAUUUGAAAAAUCAUUUCUCCUUGUCGAAAGAUCGAGAAGACUGUCUGAAAAAAAUAUAUCACUGCCUAGUCGAUGAGAAAAUGAAAUACGGGUCCUUUCUUGUUAACCAGAUUUUUUUAGAUUUUUCUCAAACCGGACUAUGCUACCGACGUUGUCACACUUAAAGAUGAUACAUGUGAUAGGAACAAAUGUUGAUAGCGUAGUGGUCUUGAUAAUAAUUUUUCUAAUACGAACUUGUAGCAUAUUUCUCUUGUUGGAAAGACAGGAUAAAAGAAUAGAAAAUUAUGUGUGGCUCAAAAUAUAAAUUUAUAUGUUAGUAUUUUCUUACGAAUUCGUCUAUAAAUUUUAUGAAUAAUUAGAAGUUGCUUCAGAGCUAACAUGAACUUUACAAAUAUGGCUUAUGAAUUUUUACUAUGAACAUAUUAUUAUGUUUUAGCAGAUUAUAUUUAGAAAUAACCUCAAAAUUAUAAUUCUUUCUAAACAUUAAUGAAAAUUUUAUAAUUAAGUAUUUGAGCGACGCAUAACAUCAUCGUCAUCUACAAUGAAGACAUUUACAUUAUUAGUCGAUAGUAUUGGUUAGAUUUCUCUCGAUUAAAGCUCAGUGCACCGGAACGAACAGUCAGCGACCAGAGGAUCAAUAUUGCAAUCGAUGGACGAACGAAAACAACACGAUCGAACGACACGAAUCGACGAUCGAUCGAUCUUCCUAGAAUAACAUCAAUCUAUAAUUAGCACCGUAAGAAAAAUAAAAAAUGAACCAAAAAAGUAAAUAAAAAAAAAAGGAAGGCAAAGAAAACAAGAACCAUGUGGAUAGAACGCUUAAUUUCUAUCUAAAUUGAUUGAAAUCGGGAUUCACUAUGAUCGAUGGUUAACCAUGUAUUUCUAAGAAAACAGGAAAUCGAUCGAUCUCAACGAAGUUACAGCGGUUUUGUAUCUCGAAUACACGCAACCAAAAAAAAAAAGACAAAAAAAAGAAAAACGGAAAAGAACAAAUAAAAUAAAACGCACCGCGAAACGACUUUUAUAGAGAAACGAUCUGUAUGUAUAUCACGCUGUAAAUAGAAACAAUGUAAUUUACGGUAAUUGUUAAGAAAUUCAAGCAAAGAGAGAGGGAAAGAGAGAAUGUGUGUUGUAUGUAAGAGAAUAUUGUACCUAGAUCGAAAGUGCAAUGUAAUCGGAGGUUUCGUAGUCGAGAACUUAUUCUCUGUGCCAUUGUAUCGAUUUUACGAAGGAACGAAAGCUUUUAGUUGUAUUUUUAAUUAAUCGAUAAAAGGUCCUUCAACUGGAAUUUUGUAUAGUUUGAAGGAAUUAACUUUAUUAAAUGAGGAUUCAGAGUGCCAUUCGUUCUCGCAUAUGAUAUUAGGUUCUUUUUAUUUAGAUGUAAACCGACGUUUACUUUAAGAUGAUAGUAUAAGUAAUAAUUAUUCAUUUAUACAUUAAUUCUUACGCUGUAUGUUUGCACACUCAUUGGGGCGCUAUCGCAAAUAACGAGGAUACAGUAUAUUUAAUAUUUAAGAAUUGUAAGGUUAACAUUCUAGUAAUUGAAUAGCUCAUUGAAGUCGCGUAAUGAGAAUAGCACGAGAAACAGAAAUUUCUUAUAUACUUGUAUACUUGUAUUUAAGAAGGAAAAUAUAGAUUAUAUAAUAUCACAUUUUACUCGGAGAAAAGUGAUUUUAGAUUCUCACAUUGUUUCUUUAUUUCUUAUACUCAUGUUAGGUUUUCAACAUUUUAAAAUUAUAUAUAAACCCCCUUAUGCUUUAGUAUUCUGUACAAUUGCAUACAUUUUGAAAUAUUCUUUCCGAUUAAAAUUCAUAUUAAAUUUCGUUAAUUUUCUUUUACUUGACCAAAACAUUCGUAUUAAAGGUACAACAGAUGAAAAUGAAGCAUGAUACGUAUUGACAAUAACGGAAUUAAAAUAAACACAUUUUGAUCUCAGAGUUCAAUACGCCAAUCUCAAUUCAAGCUUUAUUUCUAUCGUCGAAACAUAUCUCGAAAAAUAUGAUUCUCUCACGUGACUAAGCGACCGAUUAUAACAAUGUACCCCAUAACAACAAUGGAACAGUUCAUACAACUUUUCGUGCAACAAACGAUUUUACAACUGAUUGAAUCCAACAAUAGACCAUGCAAUAAACAAUCAAAUAUCUGUACCAAGCAAUUAAUUCUACAAAAUGGCUUACUUUUGGUGGCUAUAAAUUACCAUAACAUACCAAAAAAUGGAAAUUUAGAAAAUAAUUAUUUAUUAAAUACAUGGUAUAAUAAGAAAGAAAUAUAGACUUUAUGAAAAAAUGAUCAAAUUUGUCAUUUUUCAUUCUUAACUGUUAAAAUGCAAGAUCGUUUGAGUUAUUUUGAGUUGUGAUACUUUUGAAAAAUAUGUGAGUUAUGUUAAGUACUUACACAAUAUCAAUGAGCUAGUCAAUUAUUAAUUCGAAAGGCGUGCGAAGAAAUCCGCGUUGUUCCGCUGAUUAGAUCGCGCUGUGGAGAUAUAAUCUGCCAUGGUCGUGUUUUUAAUUGGUCUGACUUCAUUAAGCUACUCGUGCGGGAUUGUGGCAAGUCGCACUGGUUUCCAGGAAAUUUCUAAUUGCCGGAAGAACGCUGAUUCUCCGCCCUUUUAUUCUCACUUCUCAAAUAUUUCACGUUUCUACACGUUCUUUCUUCCAUCACUCGAUCCUUUCAUAUUUUUCAACUUGACAGAAUUUUUCACUUUCUUAAAGAUAUGUAUUCUAUUCUGAUUCAUCGUCACGAAAGUUCAAUAAGUCGAUUAGACACUGGUACAGGUGGAUUAGCAAAAACUUUAUUGCGUAUUUAAUUAAUAUCUAUGUCUCCUUUUUAAUCAAAUUUUGAUUAAUUUAGAAAAUUGUAUUAAAGUAAUAGAGGUUUGCGUAUAUUGUUUUAUGAAUUUGGUUCAGAUUGGGGAAACGUUUGAGAACCACUUUUGCCAGGUUCUCUUAGAAUUUCAUAUAUUAGCAAGAUUCUUCUCCAGAGAAAACUGUGUCUUUUAAUAUUAUAUACUGUGGAGGAGAUACGAUUUUACAUAGUCAAAUUUAAAGUGUAUUAUUAUUCCAUGUUUUAUUAUUUCACUGGAUAUUGCAUUUAAAAUAUUUAUUUGUAAAUCAAACGAAUACCUUUUUAUUCGCAUAACUCGUCUUUUAUAAUUCGAUGCGUAUUAUUAUGUAUGUAAAUGAAUUUGAUUGUUUCUUGUUUUGUUAUUAACAAUCAUUUUUAUGAUCGAAUUUCACGCACGCAGGAGGAUAAAUUUCAAGUGAUUUGCCGUGGGUUCAAAAUGUCCCAUUGGUACUGGCUCAACGGAAUGAAAGAUAUGAAACAGAAUAUAGGUACUCAAUGAAACGUUAUGAUGUAUCGAUGUGCAGAGUAUGAAAGGAUUAAUAUCGUAGAUUCACGUAACGCACUCGAUAUCCAAUAAACAUUCUGGUUUUAUAAUUAAUUCUUGUGUAACGUGCACGAUACAGUAGUAAUGUAUAUUCAUAUCGAUUUGGUUUCUAUUUGUUUAUGCAAAUACUAAUUUUUCGGGUACUUCAUAUACUACUUAAUGUUUUUACGUAUUAAUCUUAUUUUUAAAUAUAUAACAUUACCAAAGAGAUUAACUUUAUUUCUAUUUUGCUUAAGAUACUUAUAUAUACUACUUUUUAGAAAUAUUUGUCCUAAUAAUAGAAUAAUUUAAAAUUGAUUAUAGUUACUUUUUAGGUGAUUUUUAAGUGAAUAAUAUUGUUAUAAAUUACCAAGGAGCAUCAACACGAGAAAUGGUAUCGUUUUAUAUUUUACUUGAAAGUAUGAUUACUGUUUCUAUUAAUACAUUAAACGUUGCCCAGGUUAUUAUUUAUUUUAUGUACCAUUACAUCCAACUCAGAAAGCGUGCAAAACCAAAGACAAAGACAAGUUGUGAAUGCAUCGAUCGAUAGAUGUGUGAUUGUAGGGCUCAGAAAUAAAGACACGAAUUAACUUCAUUUUCAUUUCAAAGAAAUCAGUCUCCUAAUUCAAGAAUUACACGAUAUAUAGCAUGUACGUCUGUAUUUGAGAGUUUAUCUUCAAUAAAAUAGAUCUUUAAUACUCAAUGUAAUAAUAGGUUUUAAGAACAUUUAAUUUAUAAUUUUUCACUUUUCUCUGUAAUUCUUUUAAAUUAACUAUUAUAUGUAAAAUUGAAUAAAUUUCGCCAAGAUCCAAGAUCUAAAUAAACUACAAAAUGUAUUUUAAAUAGCAAAACUGUGUUUACUGAAAAAAUUACAAAGUCAUUUUAGAAUAAUUCAAUAACACAAUUUUUUAAAAUAAGGAAACUACGCCAUGUUUCUUUCCGAAAUGUUUCUUUUCUAUUUCGUGAUCUUUCUUCCUGAGCGAUCCAAAUUACUUUAUUGUCGAGGCGACUUGUUCGAAGCGGAGUGCCUGAUAUCACUUCGCGAGGAGCAUUUCCAAGAGGAUUACGUGCUCGUCAUCGACUUUGCGGAUAAAAUGCAAAUUCCUGCUAAACGGAUCUUUCAAGGAAGUUAGGAGAACACACGUGCUCGUGUAAUGCGUAAAUGGAACGGAGCGCAACGUGAUUUGCCACGACACCCGGAAACUGCAUUCCGUGAUGAGGAACAUGCGAUGGAAAGGUUCAUGACCCUGUUGAAGUUGGGGAGAACUCGGAUUUGAUGCGUCAUGGGAUUUUAAAUUUUGAGAUAGAUAAUAUGGCGGUAUUAGUUUCGAGAAAAUGUGCAUCGUAUUUAGAUUAAUUUCCGAAAAUCUUGAUCAUGAAAUUCCAUACAAUUGUCUUUCAUACUAUGGUUUGAAGAAUCAUAACAUAACUAUUAAUUCUUAUGAUAUGUUAGAUCGACAAAAUAAUUGUAUAAAGAAUGCUUCGCUUUAUUUUAUUUCUAUAAAUAUAUUAUUAUAUACUAAAAUUCAUAGAAUCACCAACCACAAAAUUACACUAGAAAAAAUUCUAAAAACUUGUGUAUGUAUGCAGAAAAUUGUUAGAGUUUAAAUGUUUGAUUAUAUAAGGAAAUUUCCAUAAUUCUUUUUAGAUAAAUUCCAAAGAUUCGUAAAAUAAUUUAUCUGAGAUUGUAGCUUGUUAUUUCGCGAACAUAAUGGACGUUCUCUCUGUUGUCGUAUAAAUCUCGCGCCAUAUGUAUUGAUUAACGUAGAACGAAUGUAAAACUGGAAGCGAGGGGCGAAAAAGUUUGACAGCAGUCGAGCAAGUUUUAGUAUUAUUAGAAGGGGUCAAGGAUGUAGCUCGUUUCGAUGGAAACUUUUGAAUGUUCCAGAAUGGUAGGAUGUAUUUACUCUUUCGAUUGUUCGAUCGGUUCGAUCGAUCGUUCCACGAUUAAACGUUGCGGAAUAAAAACAGCACCAAUUCCAAAGGCAGGAAAGGUUUCUGUAUUUGUACUAUUCACAGAAAAUUUCAUACAUGUCAAAAUUGAAAAAAAAGAGUACAAUUCGUUGUUGUAAAAUCUUGCAUAUAAAACUACAGUGUGGAUUUAAUAUUUGUGAUUGUUAUUUAAAAUGAUAAUUGUCAUCAACUGUCAUCAGUAACUAUUUUUUAUAUCGCAUCACGAAUAAUGCACGCAAAAUACGGAGUAACUGCUCAUUUUCAACAGAUCGAUUAAUGGAUCAAACCGACCAGAUCACAUUGAAAUGUGUGAGAGUGGCACGUACCUAUUAGGAGGACUUGCUUCUUGCGAAAUUUACGGAGUAUUUUGUAUGAAAAGUGGCGAGAAAUGAACCUUACGAUGGAAUGUGUGAGAAGACGAAAGAGAGGAAUAAGAGAGAAAUGGGUGUAAGAGUGUAACGAAAAUCGACGAGUUUUUAUUGUAAGUAUCUCUUGUUCGUAAGCACCUUGUAAAUAUCGCUGUAUCAUAAAUAACUGUGUACCCUACGAGUUCGACUCCUCCCCGAUCUCGAAUCGAAAGAGAAAUUAAAGCGGGACAGGAGGCUUAGUAUUGAAAGAAUAUCGUUGUUCAAGACUAUAUUAGGAGAAAAGACAGAGAAAACAUGUAUGAAAAGAUGUGUGAAUUUUCGCUCGAAAGACUGAACAAUUAAUGUUAGCAGUGAGAGAAAAGAAAAGACGAAAAUUUAUCGAAUCGAAUAAUGAAAUUGUACUUACGAAACAUUAUCGAAUGAUUAUUAAUUAUAUACAGAUGAACGAUGAGAGGUAAAAAAGGGGUGUUUACAGGGAUUUUAAAUGUAGAGUUUCUAUCUAAUAUGGUGUAUCGACAAUCGACAUCGUGGAGGAAGUACGAAACAGUGUAUCGUUCUGUUAACGUUUUGGAGCGAGUCCGGAAUCUCGAACGUACGACUAAUGUUUCCAAUUUGUGUAACUAACCCUUAAAUGAUUUACAAUUAUAAUAAAUGAAUUACGAAAGGA